CCGAUCCAAAGUCGCAGUGUACCGUUUGUGUUAUCUAAGAAACAUUCGUGCCAUAAAAGUAGUUUAGAACCUCAAUAAACGAAAUAUGAAGAUGAUCAUUGCUGUUCUUGUUGUGGUGCUAGCUUUUACCCAAGCAGCACCCCAGGGGCGCACCGCCGAUGCCGACACGCCAAUUGUCCAUCAAACAUCCGAUAUUCAACCGGAUGGCAGCUUCAGCUAUGCCUUCGAGACCGGUAACGGCAUCAAGGUCGAGGAUCAGGGCACCAUCAAGCGAGUGCGAGUCCCAAAGACGGACGAAACGGGGCGUCAGCUCGGUGAAGAAGAGGUCCCUGUUUCGGUCCAAACUGGUUCGUUUCAAUACACUGCUCCAGACGGUCAAAUCUACACGCUCAGAUACAUUGCCGACGAAAACGGAUUCCAGCCGCAGGGUGAUCAUCUUCCAGUAGCGCCAGUUGCCUAGGUUAGUUAGCUCCAUGACAAUAACAGCAUAAUCCACUCGUAUACACGUCUACACAACAACCGAAACCGCAACUGUGUCACCGCGGAAACUAGUAUUUAUAUUUAUUCCUACAAAUAAAGAUACAGCGGAAAUCGAUCCUUCGCACUGUGGUCCAGAAAUGAAAAAAGGUGGUCAAAAGUCAUUCUCUCAUAAACGUUACAUUUUAGAGCAAUACUGUCUUCGGGAAAGUUUUAGAAUACAAAAAGAUCCUUCUUUGGACAUCAACAGAUCCGUGAUUAAUCCCCCUACAAGUGAGAUAAAAAAAAUAUUUUCUCUAAAACUCAAUAUUUUUUAUCGCCGUCUUUGGCAAAGUUUUCCAAAAUAACAUAACAAAAAACUUUGCUGAAGACACUAGGUAGCUAUUUGUCAAUCUUACUGAGCUAUCUGAUUAUGUUCAAUGAUGGUUAAAAAAAAGGCUUUUGCCGUUAAAAUUCAUAUUUUAUUCCACUAUACCUCUGAUAUUCUUACUGAACUUUUAAAACAACAUCAGACCGUUAUUUUUUAUAUGUUACAGCAGAUUUUAUUUGAUGAUAAUUAGGUUUCUUUCAAAUUUUCCUGCCAAAAAAUUUACUUUUGACAAGUAAUUAUCGAUUUUCUGCCGUUUCCCAACACAUCCCACGGCAAGAUUACCACCAAUUGAAUUGUCCAUGUGCUCUGCACACACGGCAGUUAAAAUUUCUUGCAGAAAUUUGCAGAAACUUAUAAAAUCAUGAAACAAAACAACUUCAACGUGAGUUUAUUUAAGUCAUGUUGAUCAAUAUCGGAUCUUUGUUGCGAAAAACAUAGCAAGCUUUGCAUUUUUACCUUUUGAUGCAUCUUUUGAAGUAUUAUCAAUGCAUGUAAACAAUAACCAAUUAUUAUUGUUGCCUACUAAAGAUGAAUUAUAUGAGCGGUACACCUAUUCGGGAAUAUUUGAGCUGAAAUUUGAAUUUUCAAAAACCACGUGUUUACAUACAUCGAGUAUACUUCAAAAGAUGCAUCAAAGGUAAAAAUGCAAAGCUUGCUUUGUUUUUUUGCAACAAAGAUCCGCUAUUGAUCAACAUGACUUAAAUGAACUCACGUUAAAGUUGUUUUGUUUUAAUGAUUUUAUAAGUUUCUGCAAAUUUCUGCAAGAAAUUUUAACUGCCGUGUGUGCAGAGCACAUGGACAAUUCAAUUGGUGGUAAUCUCGCCGUGGAAUGUGUUGGGAAACGGCAGAAAAUCGAUAAUUACUUGUCAAAAGUAAAUUUUUUGGCAGGAAAAUUAGAAAGAAACCUAAUUAUCAUCAAAUAAAAUCUGCUGUAACAUAUAAAAAAUAACGGUCUGAUGUUGUUUUAAAAGUUCAGUAAGAAUAUAAGAGGUAUAGUGGAAUAAAAUAUGAAUUUCAACGGCAAAAACCUUUUUUUUAACCAUCAUUGCACAUAAUCAGAUAGCUCAGUAAGAUUGAGAAAUAGCUACCUAGUGUCUUCAGCAAAGUUUUUUGUUAUGUUAUUUUGGAAAACUUUGCCAAAGACGGCGAUAAAAAAUAUUGAGUUUUAGAGAAAAUAUUUUUUUUAUCUCACUUGUAGGGGGAUUAAUCACGGAUCUGUUGAUGUCCAAAGAAGGAUCUUUUUUUACUCUAAAACUUUUUCCAAGACAAUAUUGCUCUAAAAUGUAACGUUUAUGAGAAAAUGACUUUUGACCACCUUUUUUCAUUUCUGGACCACAGUGCUUCGUCAGCGUUUGCAUAAUGUCUCGCACAAUGUUCAAGUUGACCAUGCGCACCAUUCGACAAUCGGAUCUUGAUGGUUUUUCCAAUGUAAUGGAGCCUAAUUACUGUACUCAGUUCACGAACUACUACAAACUCAUCUAUAAAAUAAGUGCUGGGUUAUUGUAAUUGCGCAGCUAAAAAUAGAAAUUGUCUUCUAAACAACUAA